AUGACCAGCAUCAUCCUCACCGGCGCAACAGGUACUGCGGGCUCGGCAGUCCUCACCAACGCCCUGGCGUCGCCUCUCAUCUCCCACGUGACUGUACUUGCGCGACGUGCGCCAGCUGUCAAGAGCGACAAGCUCACCACCAUCAUCAUUCCCUCGGACGAGUAUCCACGGGGCUUUGAUGAGAUCCCGUCCGCCCUCGUUGAGCGGUUGAGAGGGAGCGAUGCAGUGGUGUGGGCGCUCGGGAUUAGCCAGACCCAGGUCAACAAGGAAGAGCUCCAUACAAUCACGUACGACUACGCCAUGGCAGGCGCGAACGCGUUCAAGACGCUCGGCACCAAGGACAAGCCCUUCCGCUUCGUCUUCAUGAGCGGCAUGGGAGCGACUCAGGACAAGCCCGGGAUGUUCACGCCCCGCUUCGCGAUCGAGAAGGGUGCCGUCGAGCGCGAACUGCGCGCAAUGGAGACGGACACCUUCAAAACAGUCAUGGUCCGGCCCGGCGGCAUCAUCCCAGCCCCAGAUCACGCAUCCAACGUUCCCCUGAUGUCGCGUCUGGGCAACUCGGCCGCGAGCGUCGUCUGGCCGUCCGCCGUGAUCAAGAGCACCGACCUCGCGGACGCGUGCCUCGACCUCGCGGUGGGCAAGGGAUGGGACGCGCGUACCCCCGAGCACACCAUCGAGAAUGAGGGGCUCAAGAAACUCGCCGCCGACUAUCACGCCAGCAUGGGCAUGUAG